GUAACAGAUAAGGUAAAAAUACUACCUAGACCAAAACAGCAAUACUUAAGUACUAUGUAUAAAAGACGCGACACGCCACGGCAUGACACGGCCUUGUCUUGCUUACUUGGUGCUGCAUCGCUUAUUUCAUUGGGAUAUAUUCUCGACUCUCGAACUCCCGUUUCAUUGGGUUCAUCCCGGAUAUCACUGCUGUCGCUGUCACACUGCGUAACAAUUCCUGCCAUUUUCCAUCUGAACUCUAUACCUAGCAGCAGCUAGUAAUGCCUGAGAUCGCAGAAGUCGCACGUGUGACACACUUCCUCCGUCAGCAUUUAGUCGGGAAGAGGAUAAGCCAUGUCGUUGCACAAGAUGACAAGAACAUAUUCGGCAAGGUCGGCACCACCGGUUCCGCUUUCGAGACCGCGCUGGGAGGAAAACGCGUGGUCGGCGCCGGGAAUCAGGGGAAAUAUUUCUGGCUAGAGCUCGACUCGCCGCCGCAUCCGGUCAUGCAUUUGGGUAUGACGGGAUGGAUUCAUAUUCGCGGCAUGCAGACGGCGUAUAAUCGGUACGCGGAGAAGUUGAGCAGUUUAGAUGAAGAGGCCUGGCCACCGAAAUUCUGGAAAUUCCACCUCGAGACCGAAGGCGAUCCGGGAGUAAGCGUGGCGUUCACAGAUGCGCGACGGUUCGGGCGCGUACGGCUGGUAGAUUGUUCAGGCUCAGAGAUCAGGUCCAACAGUCCGCUGGUCGAAAACGGGCCUGACCCCGUUGUUGACCGUGAGAUUUUUACAGAAGACUAUCUGAGCAAGAAGAUGAAAGGACGGCACGUCCCCAUCAAGGCACUACUACUCGACCAGGCCAUGAUCAGCGGGAUUGGAAAUUGGGUCGGUGACGAGAUCAUGUAUCAAGCAGGGAUGCAUCCAGAGCAAUACAGCGACGACUUCUCCGAUUCCGAGAUCGCAAAACUCUACAAGGCGAUCUGCUACGUCUGCGACACAGCGGUCGAGAAACUCGGGGAUUCAGAUCAAUUCCCCGAAGACUGGCUCUUUAACCACCGGUGGAGCAAGGGCAAGAAAGACGCCGCCAAGACGUUGCCCAACGGCGAGCGGCUCAUGUUCAUAACGGUCGGCGGACGCACAAGUUGCGUGGUGCCCACUAGACAGAAGAAGACCGGCCGUGUGACAGCAGGCGUCAAGGAAGAGGAGCCGGAGCCUAUCAAGAAGGGAAAGCCCAGCAAGCAAAGUAGUAGCUAUUUCAACAACGACGGAGAAAAGAAUGGCGAUGAAGAGGAACAGAAGCCAGACGCACCCGCCGCGAAGAAAGCGCGCUCAAACAAUACUAAGAAGAAGAAGAGUAUCAAAAAGGAAGAUGAUGAAAACACCUCUGUAAGUGAAGUUGUGACUGGGAAGAAAGACAACGCGAAGACUAGCGGGAAACAAACAACGCCACCGUCGGAUAUAGGUAGGAGGCGAUCAACUAGGCUGAGUAAAAUCUCAUAAUGAACGAGUCGAGCCGAGCAACUUACUGUAUCUUUAUACCAAUGUUUUCAUAUAGAUGGCUUGGAUAGCAUGUAUUCACCCAGUGCAGUAUCAGCCACAUUUGUAACGUAGCUUAUAUGUACGCUAUAGUAACCUAUAAGCCUUAAUGCUUCGUACAAGAUUAGUUUCAUACCAGGUGCCCAACCGAAACCUGAAUACUUCCUUAAAUCAAUGCCGUUU